AAAAAUAAAAAAUGUUUUGCACUUUUGCCCCUGUUCCAUUCAAAUUUUUUUUUCAUUGCUUAGGAGCGGCAAAAGGUUCAAGAGAGCAAACGCCUAAACCCCGAUGGCGCCGGCAAGUCCAGCAGUGAUGGCAUCCCGGCCGGACCCCGGCGAGCUCCAAGCCUUCCUCCGCGGCCUCCGCACCCACCACGCCGUCCUCUGCGCCCACGCCUUCCUCCUCCGCCGCGGCCUCCUCCUCGGCCACCGCACCACCGCCGGCAUCCUCCUCUCCGCCGCCACCUCCACCGCCACCUCCGCCUCGCGACCUGCCCACGCCCACGCCCACGCCCACUCCCACCUCCUCCGCCUCCUCCUCCACCACCUCCCUCCACCCCUCCCGCUCUUCUCCCUCGACAACGCCCUCCGCGCCCUCGCCCCGCGCCUCCCCUUCUCCGCCCUUCUCUCCCUCUUCGCCGCCCUCCUCCGCUCCCACCACCCCGCCUUCCCUGCCCGCUUCUCCUUCCCCACGCUCCUCUCCAAAGCCUCCUCCUCCUCCUCCCCGCGUCUCCAUCUUCCUUCCGCGCUCGCCCUCCACGCGCAGCUGCUCCGCCGCGGCCUCCUCUUCUCGCCCCCGCUCCACGCCGCCAACGCCCUCCUCCAUUUCUACGCCGCCGCCACCCUCCUCCCCUGCGCCCGCAACCUGUUCGACGAAAUGCCCUUCAGGGACGUCGCCUCCUACAACACCAUGAUGACUGCCUACGCUGGCGCCGUCGACGGCAUUGACGCCGCACGACACCUGUUCGACGGAAUGCUUCUGAGGAAUGUGGUGUCAUGGAACAUCAUGAUCAACGGGUAUGUGAAGGUGAAGCGCCCCGAGCAAGCUCUGGAGGUGGUGCGGUGGAUGGCGGAGAUUGGGGUCAGGGGCACAGCUGUCGCAAUGGUUGGGGCAGCCACUGCGUGCGCAAGGCUGGGCAGGUUGGGGGCUGGGAAGGAGGUACAUUGUGCUUUCCUGCGCCGUUUUGAGGAGCGUAACCUGCUGUUCUCGACUGCAUUGGUCGAUAUGUAUGGAAAGUGUCGGAAUGCGGAUGCUGCGAGGAAGGUGUUUGAUCGGCUGAGCUUUAGGAAUGUUGUUUGCUGGAACGCAAUGAUCAUCGGCCAUUGUGUGUAUGGAGAACCUGGUGAUGGGAUUCGAUUGUUUCAUGACAUGAUUGGACAAGACGAUCAACAUGGGCUGCUACCAGACGAAGUCACUUUCAUUGGUGUCCUCUGCGCGUGUACCCGUCUAGCUCUCUUGGAUGACGGGAAGGCAUAUUUUGAGCAGAUGAGCACCAUGUACAACAUCAAGCCAACAUUUGCACAUUAUUGGUGCAUGGCCAAUCUGUAUGCAAGUGUUGGGCUUCUGGAAGAAGCUGAGGGUCUCUUAACGAGUAUGCCAGAGGAGUUGAAGGCACAUGCAUUGGGUGGUUUGCUUGGGUUGUGCCGGUUCCGAGGGGAGUGGGAACUGGGGGAGCGGAUAGUCCUGAGGUUGAUUGAGUUGGAACCAAACAAUAGUGUUCACUAUGCCCUGCUGUGCAAUGUGUAUGCUUCUGCGGGGAGAUGGGAAGAUGUUCAUAGGGUGAAGGCUAUCAUAAAGGAAAGAGACGAGAAGCUCAGUCCUGGACAUCGCCUGGUGAACUUAAACGAGAUUCUUCAUCAAUUUAGGGAGAGGCAACCUGAGAAUCAAGAAAUAUAUGGAAUCUUGGAUGGCUUGGUGUCAAGACUGAAGUUAACAAGCAGAGUAAAUGGGCAAAUUGAAUCUGGAGUUAAAUAGCUCAGUGUACACUCACAGAUUGAUUUGAAGCUGUACAGAAUUUUUUGGGGGCAACUAGCCGAUUUCAAGUGGCUUAUGGUUUUGAUUUUUUGAGGGGUGUUCAGGAGGCUAUGUAGAUAACCCACAUGUCUGACAGGGUUUCAAGAAGUGGAUACUCGAGUGUGCUCACUAUCAGUCCAAAGCAACUGAAGAGUCGGUUGGAUCAGAAAUGUUUUCAGGCUUUGAGCUGAUAUGUGCACAUCACAUACAUACAUAUGCACCAAACAGCAAGUCUCUGAAUAUACACUUGCUUAGUGCCAGUGGAAGACAAUUAUAUGAAUAGAGAGAAUUCUCAUUCACUUUAUAAAUGCUCUCGAUAACUAGCGCCUGCGUUCAUCUGGUUUGGGCUUUGUCUUUUGUGGCAUAGAAGAAAGGGAUAUAUGUUAUAUUAAGUUAAAUGUGAUAUCAAUAUCUGAUAAAGUAAAUUAUAAGUAUUUGUAAUUUGUAGAAUGGAUUUCUUGCGGAUGACAAGACAUAAAAUUUCUGACAUACUAGUAAAGUAAAGAUACAUGAAUCAUUUCUA